AUGUUUGCGAUCGGAGGUUUGUGUUUGCUGCUUUGGUUGGCUGUCGUGAAUUCUUCGGAAGUUCAAGUGGGAUCCGGCAAGUAUACGCUAAAGGAUGGAAAAGUUACCUUAAGUGAUGAAUUCGGGAUUUACAAUUGGCCUGGCCUCACUGUGGUGCCAGAGCAUCUCUAUCCUAAUUGUUCCAUUCAAAUAGAUGAUAAUUAUAUUUAUUUGAACUAUAAUGAAACGUCGAAGGAGGUUUGUACGGUGGAUCUUCUGACAAAGAAAGACGACAUAGAGUUUACAACUUUCCUGGAGCUUUGCAAUGAUACUAAAAAGAAGACCUCAUGGAUCCGGACAUCCUGCCUUUUGCUUACAGUUUAA